AGGCUUUUGAAGCUUCUUCAUAACUGAACAAUAGUCUACACUGAAUCAACGUUAGGUAAGCUUCGUGACCUCAGUAGACGCAGCUGUUUUUGCUUACUAUGAAUCUAUAAAUGUUCAUUCUAAGAGGAAUUCUUGCUUUAGCAGCCUAUAUUCUUUCUCUUUCUACAGUUAAUGUGAAUUAUUGGUCUGACUUGGUGUUUAACACCAGUUAAUGCAGACCUUUAUCAGGACGUAGUACUCGGUAAUACUCGAUAUUUGUCGAUUGAUUAGUUAUAAUAAUCGAUUAAAAUCGAUAAUCACCAAUUUGGCUGGAGUUCCCCAAUUUUUUUUCCAUUCGAAGCUGAACUAGUGAGCGGUACGUCUGUUGACCCAUUGAGUGGUAGAACUAAAGAUUUGUUGAAAGGAGCAUGACAUCAUGACGGAAAAUGACACGAGUCACAUUAUAUUAUUGCUCUCAUGGUUGUGUUUCCUAUCGAUUUGAGUACAUGCAGUACCCCUGAGUACCCUGUAGUGACAUACAAAUCGUAGGGUCAAUAUCAAUAAAGCCAAUAAAGUGUUAUGGAUAUGUUUAUUGACUUUGAUAUCAGUUACGAGUUGCUGUUUAUCAGUAAUGUUCUAGCGAGUGACGAUGGACUAAACACAACAGAAAAACGAAUCAACCAACUUGGCUUUGCCCAUUUUUAUCUUUUCGAUAUUUUUCAAUCAAAAUCGAUCAAAUCAAUCGUUUAAUUGCAGAAGUUGAUAAUCACAAAAACUCGACCGAUCGAUUUCCAUCGAUUUUCGAUAUUUAUCGAUAAAUUAUAAUUGAUUUUGAUUGAUUACUAUUGAUUUUAAUUGAGUAUAGAAAAUAUCGAUUUGUUACUUUCUGAUAAUGUGUAAGUCGAAAUUUAUUAAAAUUCGAAUUACGGUUAAUCCCAGAGAAAAAUGUACCAAUUGUGUCCAAAUAUCCCUACCCCGAGUACCAGUAAGUUGAAAAGGGACCACAUUACCUAUCAAUGUAAAGGGAGUGUUUUUUUUGGGGGGGGGGGCAGGGAGGCAGGGCAUGGUGUGGGGAUGUGACAUUUUUCCAAAAUUUGUUGUCAAAUUCCCUGCCCACAGGCAAAUCAUUCCAGUCAAAUGUACCAAAAUUUCCUAGAGCUGAUAAGUUUUAUCAGAGUUGCUACAGUCAGGGAAAAGUCAGGAAAAGCAAAAAUUUUUCAACGUCAGGGAAAAGUCAGGGAAUUUGUUAAAAAGUCAGGGAACUCUGGUUUCUGGCGCAAUGCAUCAAGGUUGGCAGUGGGCCUUUAAAGGCAAAAUUAAACCUCUCUGAACGUUUUCAACCUGAUGGAGUUUUCUGUUUUGAAAAUAGAGCUUCUGUUUACUUUGAUACAGCACUUUAUUAAAUGUUUAGUUGAUCCUAGUGCACAUUGAACAAAGAAAGAUUCAAAUAUCCCCUCCCCCAGGAGAACAAGAUCAUUCUAAUGUCCCACCCCACAAUGAGGGACAAAAGUGUUGACACACUUCUGUAAAAUGGCCCCUUUUUGCAUAGUGGAUAUACUUAUCCUCUUCCCCUGUCUACCCCAACCCCUUCUCCCCCAAAAUCAAUGUUGAAUUUUGGACCCUCAAGUCUUUUUUUCACGUCAGACAACAUUGAUUCGGGGGGUGAGGGGAUUUACGGCGUUUAAAAAGAAUGAAAUAAUAGAUGAAUUAAAUGUUUGUUAAUAGCACCCGUUUUAAACAAGUGUGUCAACUACUUUUGUCCCUGAUUGCAGGUCCAACACACAAUCAAAUCCCCUCUCCUCCCCACCCCAUGCCCUGCCUUACUUUUUGCCAUUUAUUUCAGUGAAACUGCAUGGCUGACCAAGACAGUUGGUAUGACUUGGAGUUAAAGACUACUGAUGGAAUUAAUUUCAUUUUAACAAACAAAGGUAUUCUCUUACAAUACCAAUCUAAAAUGGUAUUUCUCUACAGUCUGAGUUCUCUUUUAUGUGAUGUGCUAUACAAGUAGAAUGAAAGACUUUGCUUUUGUUAGUCCUCAAAAAUAUCCUGGCGAUUUGCUGGCAGGGAAAGUUAUUAGAGAGUUUGGUCCACAGCUAGUUUGCUGACGUUGAAAAUUAAGUUGAGAUGCUCCUUGUUGGGGAACAGCAAAAUAUUGAAAAUUGUAGUGAGUAGCACAUGUGAGUAGCACAUGUAGGAGAAUAAACUAGUCUUACUGUACUACAUUUUUACUGAAUGCUUAUUCACAAAGUUGAAUUUAAAAAACUAAUUCUGCUGGCACCAAAUUGUAGUACUCCUGCUAUGUAAUUGCCGACAAAAAAUGAACAAAUUCUCAGUGAUGGAGAUGUGUAAAACAGAAGGAAAAAUAAUGUCAACAUUAUUAAAGAAAUAGCUUUUGCUUUAGGUUUUGUAAACUUGGCAACAACCUCUAAGGAAACAGUACAUGAUGACGAAGUAAAAGAUUGUUACUGAGUGUAGCAUAGAGAGAAACAGUUUCUCAAUAUUCAAGAGUGCGAGUGUUACAUUAGGUUUUUCUUUGAAUUAUUUUAUUUUAGCUGUACCAGUUGAAGAAAUAAUUGUAGUUGAGCCUAAACUGGCAAAGGAUACAUUAAGAGGGUGGUAUUAAAUUUCCACCCAUCAUACAGUCGACUCCUCAUAACUCGAACAUUCAAGGGAAAUCAAAAAUAGUUCAAGUUAUCAGGAGUUCAAAGCAAAUAACCAGAACUUACGUAUAGGGAUGGGAAAGAAAUGCAAGUAUCUUGUAACUUAUUCUCACUUACCAUCAGUUGCAUCUAAGCAUGUACACGUGAGGAAAAACCAUGUUCUAAUUGGGUGCAAACAUGACAUGUUGUGCCACCAAACAUUCAAAGUUUGGAUUAAUCAGCUGUUGUUGACUUGAUUUGUUUUCGCUCAACAAAGUAUUCUUUGCAAGUAUUUUUAGGCAUUGAGAAUAAUUUCUAGAGGCAAGCGUGCUGUAAUUUUGUAAUAAAUUUGAAUAGUCUGGUAAACAUUAGUUUUUGAGCUAUUUUGAAAAAAUAGCUCAUAUGUCAGUGGUCUAAGCUUACGUAUCGUUACUGCUUUGUGGCUUUGUCUGUUCGGAUGUGUGUUGCAGGGGCCAAUAAGGUUGAAGGUACUAUGAGUUACUGCUUAGGAACCAAUGAGAUUUUGACAUCUAAACAUGACAUUGCUGCGCUUAAUGUCAAACGAGGGCACUUUAUCGAGACUGCCAUUUUGGUUAUUCACAAUUGGGUCAUCUUUUAUUACGGCUAAAGGUGUUUAGAAGCAUAACAUUUAAAUAUCUUCAUGGUUGAAAUGCUGAGUACUGUGAUGCAGCUCUUUAAGGGUUCAUAUUUUAGUGUGGCUGCUGGUUCAAGACCUCUAUGACCCAACUCAGCUAUUGCGAACGGCACAACGUACAUGAAUUAUGUUUCACCCGCUCCAAAGUGAAGUAUAAAAAAUCAUAUUUUUUAAGGUCUACAAAUGAAGUGUUAAUAUAUUUUAUUUGGUAUUUAGAUGUUGAUUUUAAAGAGACUGUGACAUGCUUUUUGCGCAUGUGCGGCAUCUUGAUUUCUGGUCUGGUGAACCUUUUUUCAAGAUUUGCUUUUGGUGAAAAAAUCCUCUUCCGUCGACCCUGAGAUGCCCGAGAAGGCUAUUAUAUCAGUAUUCAAGAGCUAUUUGGUCUAUUUUGGAAGUUUUAAAUGCCAUAUUUUGUAUUUUUGUGCAAGCAUUGUUGAGAAAAUUGCAAGUCAUUCAGAAGAAUUGCACUAAGGCAUAUUAUUUAUUGUCAGUGUUCCUACAAACGGAUCAAAUCUGGCGUUUAAUGUGGUCAUCUGGCUUUCAUUUCUGUCUACUAAGUUCUCCACUCAACGAUCUACCUUUUUCGGUUAGGUUUUAAACGUUAAAAUUAAUGUAUAAAGAAAGUUGAAAAGGGUUUUCCCGAUACAGCUGUGUACUACACUUGGGACACAAUAGCGAGUGAAGCUGAUCUGCGACAUGACUUUCGAUUGUCUGCAACAAUUUACUCUCUCGAGUGCUUAGAAUCAGAAGGAGAAAACCCAGAAAUCUGUUAUUGUGCAUGCAGGAAGUAGGGUGAGGUUUGAGGAAAAUAUCCAUUGAACAUGAAACAUUUUAACAGGCAUUCGAUUUACGACUCCGAUCCAUAGUUGUACACCAGAAAGUACUGAAAGACCGUGUGUUCUUUACAGAUGUGGUUCACUCGGAAUGUUCCUUGUAUCUCUGCUGUAUGAGCGUAAAUUAAGAAUUUGUAGUCAUCAUAGUGGUCAUCGCGCUAGCCAAACACAGGGUACAAGAAACAUAGAGAGCUUGGAAGGAGCUAAAUGCAUAUUAUAAUAAAAUAAGCCAGGCAUUUUAAGCAAAAUGUUUGCCUAGUUCAAUAAAGGGUGUUUUGGCCACCAGUCAGUUACAAUUUGCAGGUGUUUCUAAGUUUACAAAGGUAAAACAGAGUGAUCAGCAAGGUUUGGUUACAAAUUAUUUGUUUGCAAAACGGAGACUGGUUUGCUAGCAUGGGUACAUAAACAUACAUGUGAGCAAAUGUUUGUUUCAAAGCAGGACAGGGUUGUUAAUCUUUUUCUUAUUGGUUGCAACAUAUAUCUGAGGAACACCAGAUAAUAAAUAUGAAUUAUGGUGAUAUAUAAAAUGCAACAAGAACGUCCGGAAGUCUCCCACUUCACGAACAACGAAUGUUGAAUUAUGUAAAUUUCCUUGCGUGCAUCUUACUCACUUCUGACUGGUUUAAGGCAGUGCUAUAUUAGGAAAAUUGAAGGGAGCCCAGUGCUCUGAACCUGUAAAAUCUAGGGUGCCCAGCAUAUGAUUUGUAUGAAAAAUCUAAGAUUUUCUUGUCACCCAAGAGCAAAAGUAGGCUCUACAGCACAGCCCUGCAUAAAAAACGUAUUUGAUUUACCCAGUGGCUGAGAAAAGAUGCAUAACUCUGCGGUAGCAAAUAAACCAGGAAGUAGCCAGUUGACGAAAUAAUUAGAGAUUGUUUCAUUGAGUGGAAUAACAUAAGAGUAGAAAUCAGUAUUUCGCCAAUUUGACAAUUCUGUAAUGAUGUUAGGGUAUCAAUCUUAACAUUGAAUGAUGUAUAAUUAUAUAUUUGUCGAUGUUAGAAAAGGAGGUGUUUUGUUAACAUCAAUUGAGCAAAGUAAUCUCGUUAACAAUGUGUUCUUUCUUGUACAAUUUGUAAAAGGGGAAAAGUCUAACAUCUUCACGUGCAAUUUGUGUGCAUGAGAAAUUUUUAUAACCUAUAACCCUGUUUACUACAUUACUGUGUGAUAACUUGAAUUCCCUCACAAACCAGUCCAAUACUUUCACGUGCCAGGUGUGUGACUGCACAUCUCAUGCUGGCUUUUCACAGUAAUAAUAGUAACUUGAACGUAUAAAGACCUGUUUCAUUUUGUAACCAAUGCCUUAAGUAAAGGUUAAUUCUUGUCUUUUAAGAAGCAAUAGCUUUUAAAACAUGCAGAAUUAAGUCGUCAGAGUUAGACUGUCUCAUUGAGUAGAAUUGCACAUGAAAACCUCAUGAAUUAUGAUGAUGCAACCACCUACCACAAUGAUAAAAAAUCCUGGACGUAACUAUUCGGUAUUAAAUGAGCCAGUGCCACAUGUUCUUAAGAAACUCUGAAGAAACCUUCGAGUUUUCCCUCUAAUCAACGUUUGGUGAGUUGAUAUUUUUUGUACUUUAACAAUUUGUUUAACUUGCUCCAGAUGUAUCAAGGAAAGACAGGAAAGUGAAUAUUAAGCAUGAGGAUCGACUCAGCUGAGUGUUUUCAUUCAUGUACAGCAAUACCCAAUUUCGCACAAAAAACCAGUUGUAUAGCUACCACUGGAGCUGAAGCGUUCAAAAUAGCUCAUGCACGUUGAAUGUGCCUGUGUUUGUGUAUAGUCAAUAAACUGCAUUGUUGUGUAAUAUUACCUGGGAAUAAUGAAGGUGAAAUUAAUAUCUGAAUUUCAUAUUAUUGGAACCAUGCGCAGAAUAAAGAAAUGAAGAUCAUCGCAUUUAAAGAUGCAACUUAUGCAGUGGCAAAAACAAUGCAAAAAAUAGUUAGGCUUCCAGACACAGCGUAUAUUAAUUAGGAACCAAUAUAUGUGAUAAUGACCAGCCCCCAGUUGGCUUUUGCCAGCUCAGUUGGUUAGAGCACUGCACUGGUAUCCCAAGGUCAGUGUUUUAAUGCCGGUAAGCCUGAUUUUUUCAGGCUUUCUUUAGUGCACAACUGCAUUGAGUGUUGGCAAAGUUAACCAGCUCAAUCCACUAAACUUACUAUUUUCUGAUGCAUGAAUUUUAAUCUUGGUUUAAUUGUAGAAUGGAUAAAGAUCGUUCUAAGAAGAAAGGAGAUACUCUUGGGAACCAGAUAAAGAGAAGUGCUGCAGGGCUAUUCGAGAAAUACAAACCAAAAAACCAAGGUAAAGAAAUCAGGAUCUUUAAAUAAAUGUAACUGUGAAGAAAGUGCUUCCUUUUUAAAGACAGCUGUAAACUGUUAGAGUUUCUCGUCUUCUGGCCAUUAAGGACAAUAAAUCAUAAUAAGCAUCAUACAUGUAUAUAAAAAUUCUGUUAUAAAAACUGUUAAUUCAUAAAGAGCAGGGGACGUGGUCCCCGCAACUCAAGUUUCUGCUGUUUAAAAUGUCGCAAAUAAACACUAAACUUGAACUUGAGUUUGUUUCAUGAGUUCAACCAUGGUAUGGUAUGUCAUGUACACAUUUUGUCAUUGGCAUAAAGAUGCCAGUACUCAUUGUUAAAUUAUAUUAAAAUUACAAAUAGUUGAGGAAAAUUCAAAAAAUGUUUUUUUUUUGGGAAGAUUUAUUAAAAGAUCCAUGAAUCUCCUACAAUUAGACAAAAAGCAUUUGAUCCAGUUCAUUGUCUCUAAUUAAGCAAUUCAUUGCACAACAUAAGUUGUGAACAAGACACUGGUGAAAUGACUAAUUAUUUGUUGUCGUAUUUCAAGGUCCAUCUCGAAGGGUUGAGCAAGCUGGCCCAAGCACAAGUUUUGUUACAGGUGAAUAAGAGAUUACUAAUUCAUUGUAUGUGAGAAUCACAACAGCUCCCUGACAGUAACCAGCUUUUAAACUUUGUCUUCUAUCUAUUAAUUCUUCAAGGUUCACAGCAGUGAAAUAUCUCCUCCUCUUUUUGGUACCUCUAACAGAGCUUAAGACGGAAUCCACCAGGACAUUGAGUGAUUUUAUUUUCAGUGCACAAAAACCUUGUACCAGAAUAAUUUAAAGAAUAUUACAUUCUUUUUUUACAUUUUCAUAGGCCAAAGAUGUAAUAAAUCAUCUGUAAUUACACCAAAGAAAAUUUCCUAUGGAAGUCUGAGAAAGUGAAUGUCAAAUUUCACAAGAAUUGUCAUUAUACCUGCCAGGUAAAAUUUCUAAAAAUUGCGUGUGUAAGAUGUAAUUUUGUGAAAUUUGGCAUUCAUUUUCUCAGGCUCCCAUGAGAAAUUUUUUUUGGUGUUACUACAGAUGAUUUAUCACAUCAUGAUCUUUAGCCCUUGAAAAAUGUAAAAAAGAAUGCAAUAUGCUUUAAAUGAUUCUGGUACAAGAUUUUUGUCCUUUGAAAAUCAAAAUUACUCAAUGUUCUGGUGGAUUUCAUCUUAAAAUGAAUUUCUUCCAUGCUGACGAAGCAAGAUUGCGGUACCUUCUAGGGAUACUUUUGAGUGUUUUACUUGAGUAGCACCACAGUUGUUUAACAGGGUAGUAUCCUCUUCUUCCCCCCCCAACCACGCCCUGAUGACACUAGCAACCAACUUUACAGGGCUGUCAGUAAGGGCCGGGAGGCGUGGAUUUCCCCUGGCUACUAUGAGCAUGCAUGACCCCUGGUUACUUUCAUAGGUAAUAAAACAAAAAAUAGGACCAAAAGAAUUUCCAGGAUGUUCUAUUCCCUGCUCUGAAACUGAAAACCAUAGUGACAGCCUUGAACCCUAACCCAUAAAAGAAGCUCUCUGCUCUGCUGGCUUUAUUUUCUGGUUUUAGAUCGUUCUAGAACUCUACCCUCUGAUUGGUUGAUAGCUAUGGUUUAGAAAGGCCCAGUAAAUAUUUUUGGGGCUUAUUUUCUGUUUUGAAAAUGUUUUUGAACUGCAGCUGCUAACUAGAUGCCUCUCAGAAUCAACUUAAUGUGUAGCAAAAAUCCUGCAUACCCAAGUUUAAAACAUAAACUGCGACCAGACAUCAUUUAGUGAAUUAAAAUGUCAGUAUCGCCCACAAUUAAGUAAAAGCUAAGAUGUAAGCUUUCAGUCCCAAGACAAGCUGCUCAGUGCUUUUUGUUAUUGAAACUUUAUUAUUCAAACCCAGAAUCUAAAAUGUGAGUAGCAAAAAAACUGACAGAUUGAUAAACAUCCCCAAAUACUUUUGAAUAACUGUUUUUUAAAUGUGUCAGUUCAAUUUUUAUUUUAUUUUGUUUAACUCACAGACCCAUCAGCAGGGAAACAGCCCUCUAGCUCUACGGCCAAUAAGAAGGAGUUACCAGGUACUAUUAUAUCCAAUAAAGCUGAAAUGGUACCAGACAUAGAGUAGAUUAAAGACGCUUAUUUUAAUAUGAAAGUGACUUUUAUCGUUUGUUAUAUUGCAAUACAAAAUGAUCUUGAUGGUAGUAGUUGUUUAUUUUUAUUUCAAAAAUAAGUUGCAAAGAAGACGUAUGAUGGGAUACUUCAAGCAUCAAAUUCUUUUUCUGAUUCAAUUUUUCUGUUAUAAUUUUCUCAAGGUAUUUUUAAUCUGCGUUAAUCCUCGAGGCCGGUUAUAAAAAAUAAGAAUUAUUUUUACCACUCAACCACAAACGUCACUAACAGCUUUGGAGAGGUACCCCUCUAUGGGCAUGUCCUCCCUGAACCUCUCUUUGUGGGGUAACGCCCCUUUACACUUGCUUUACUGAUGCAGUCUUCAAAGAUAUUUACAUAGAAAUGUUACUCGGACAAGGUUGCCCAUCCCGCCAUAUUCAUAAUUUGUAAUUGUAAUAAUUAAUAAUUCUUUAUUUAGCUCACGGUGAAAUUACAUUUUCAACUUUUUUAUAACUGAAAUUUGUGCUAGGGUAUAACUUUAUAAUAUAAGAGAAAUAUUAAGUGCGAGCUGGGAAGCGAAAUAUACUGUUAGAUUGUCUAGUUACCUUCUCAUCCUUCUUAAACUCAGUGUGUAAGCAGGUGAAAAAGAAGAAAAUAAAAUAGAUAAAUGAAUUAAUAAAUUGAAUUAAUAAGGAGCAUUCCUUCAACGUUUGAUCAUAGUAUUUAUAUUCCUACACUAUAUUCUGGUGUUUUAGAGCCCUGAUAUCUACAUGCACUGUUAUUUGCAUUUCUGUUGGUGUAUAAUGAGUUGAGGAUAAUUUGUUUUAAAUGUGGAAAUUUUAUUGUUAUUUGGUGAUCUGAUCAGUUUAUAUAAAUAAGGGCCUAUAUUUUGUGCGUCAGCUACCUCCCUUUAACUUUCCUCGCCUAUUAAGAUAUCAAGUCGUUAAUGAACCAUUCUUUAAAAAAAAGGAACGUAAAAUUUUCUUUAACAGAUUCUCUCUGCCUCGAGGAGUGCCAGAAACAGCUGCGAUCAAUUUAUGCAGACAACAGCACAGUCAAAAUCGUUCCGUGGGACCAAAGCUCUGCCGUUCACAUUGACAAAGUUUACACCCAGUUGUCUUGGCUUAUGGAUUUGAAGGAUCCCAGCGGAGUAACACAGAAAAAGGUUAAACACUACACCGACAUUUUUGACGGCGGAAGACUUCAUCAUUUGCCUAAGCGUAUUUUGGUUCACGGACGACCAGGUAUCGGCAAGACCGUUUUUACCCAGAAAGCUACAUUCGACUGGUCCCAGCACAGAUUUGAAGAAAAGUUAGGAAGAUUUGAUCUCGUACUUUUGGUCAAAUUACGCGAUGUUUGUAACCUCAACGAUGUCCCAGCCAUUCUGAGGGAUGCUAAUCUUCUUGCGAGUGAUGGCCCAAUUUCCACUGACAACCUGUACGAUUACGUUCGUCACCACCAGGAAAAAGUGUUGCUUAUUUUGGACGGGUACGAUGAAUACGUACACAGCGCAGCAAGCCAAUCACCUGUUCUUCAAAUCUGGGAGAAAAAGCAGUUGAGGAAUUGUUGUGUUAUUAUAACGUCUAGAGACAUGAAAGGAGAGGGAUUGAAAAGUUCCAGCGAUGCUCAAUUUGAGAUCGACGGUUUUGACCGUACGCGACAAGAGGAGUUCGCCCGUAGAUUCUUGAAAAAUUAUCAAGAUAUUAUAGAGUUUUUCAAGUACUUGAAACAACAAAGUCUGGAGGACGUAGCAAAAAUACCUAUUUUGCUUUUAAUGUUGUUGUUGGUUUGGAAAGAAAAGGAUCGUGAAGGACUACCUUCAUCACGGGUGAUGGUGUACUUCAAGUUUCUACAGACUAUGUUUAAUCAUAUGUCUGAAAAACAAAAAACAGAGGCGGAAGAAGUUGAGAACCACAUUCAAGAACUUUGUAAAGUAGGAGAACUAGCAUUUGACGCACUUCUACAAGAUUUACUUUACUUUCCUCUCAGUAAACUGCCGGAUCGCGUUUUGACUGAGAAACUGAUCGAGGCCGGGUUGUUUCAGCUUCUAAACGUGUCCGCUCUUAACCCCAGCAAAGACGUUCACUUCAUUCACAAAUCCAUGCAGGAGUUUGUGGCUUCUUUAUUUCUAAAAGAAGAACUGUUAUCUCAAGAAAGUAAAAACAAAUCCCUUUUCAAAGUCGACUCAAUUGAAAAGAUCUCCAAGUUGAAUGAAGUUUUUAAAUUUGCUGCUGAAAUGUCAGAAGAAGCCGCGCGCGAGAUCUUGAUUCAUCUGUUGGAAAUGGCGGCGAAGGAAGACGGAGAGUACAGCUUCGACAACGAAGCACCGUCAGUCGAAGAUUUGUCUAAUGAACAAAAAAUUCUUCUAACUCUAUGUACACAGUUAUUCUUCUGCUGUUCAGCAGAUACAAGAACAGAACUUUUCCCCACUUAUCUUUCUAAUCUAGGAGGUGUUUUGUUCAUUUUAAAUCCUGACCAGCUGAAUAUUGCAGCAAAGGAAAAUUUUGUUCAAACUACCGCUUCACUUAUGUACAUAUUUUUCUCUUAUAGCGACCAGUAUACAGAGCAAAUUUAUAAUAAUUUAAUUAGUUUAGUACAGCAAUUAAACGCUGUUAUAGUUAGUAGAACAGGAGAACAGAAAGCAUCAGAAUUUUUGAAUGUAUUUCCAUGGCGUAGUGUUGACGAGUUUUUCUUAAUGAAAGAAGAAAACAACACUUACCUUUAUUUUACUAAAAUUGUAAAAACUAAUAGAAUUCCUCUUUCUUUUAAAAUGGUAAAGACGUUAGUUAGUUUAGAAGAGACAACAAAGAAGACAAACAUGAAUGGUGAUGAGUCAAGUGAAGAGAGCAGCAGCAGCUGUUGUUCAAAGCGUCAUGGUCUCUCCAGGGUUUGGAGGAUUGGAGCUGAUGUGAACAGGUCAGAAGUGGAACAGCUGAUUGAGAUGAUGCCGUUUAUCACCGCUCCACACGAGAUAGAGGUUUUGGGUGAACACGGUGAAGUGUUUGAUGCUGAGGUAACAGAGUCUCUACUGAGGAGCAUCCCAACAACACACAAACUGGAGAUAUUAUCACUCGAGCAUAUCAAUGUAACAUCAUCACCUGCUGUGGAGUUCAUCAGCAGAGUAUUUAAAGAAGAUCUUCCAAACUUGAAGUUGCUCGACAUGUCAAACAAUCCUCUUCUGGGUGCAGGAGUCGACAGUUUGAUUAAACAUCUCAGCUGCGCUCCUCACCUGGAGACACUGUGGCUGUUAGAUGUGAAGAUGACUCCACAGCAGGUGAAGAAUCUCACAUCAGCUGUACAGCAGCAUGGAAACAACACUGACCUGAUGUCACUCUACCACGUAAGUUUUCCAAUUUUAUCGCAAUUUGUUUCUUUAUUCUUUGUUUACAGUUUAUUUCUACUCAGCUCUUGCCUUUCGCCAUUUUCCUUUCUUUGUCAUUUUUAUACUCGACAAAACACGAGAUUUGCUUUUGAAAUCAAAUCACAAACUUUAGCAGAUUCAAAGUAUCAUUUCAAAUUCAUGUCUUUCAAUUGAUUAAACUAACUCCAUAAAAUGUUUUAACUGAGAACGUUAAGAACAAGUGACUUCAGCUGAUAUUAAAACAUGGAGUUGAACACAAGAAGAGAAAUUUCGUAUCUUCAAGCAGCCAUAAGAUGAUAUUAUUGGGUGAAAACAAUAACUUUUAGCAAAACAAAAGCACAUAAUUUCCACAGUAUUAAUUUCUGAAUCAAUUUUAAUUCAUAACUUUUCAUAAAGCAACAAACAACAGUCAUAAAAGCAAAUGAAAGAUGUUCAGUUCAUGUUCAAUUCAAACAAAUAAGCAAAGAGUAAACACAUUGAACUCACAGUUUCACAUUUAUCGUCCAAGGCUCCUAUAAAAUCAGUUUAAGUCAAGUGAAGUUCCUUUGAAAGUCCAGAAAACAGACAAGUCUUUUUUAUAGCUGUUCUUUUGUUAGUUCUUGAGCGUUUCUUUGGUAAAUACUGGUCCUUGCAGUUCGGUGAAGCGUUGGUUUUUGAAAUAACAACCCGCACAAAAAAAUUGUAUCUCCGAGACAACGGUUGAAAGCAACACCAAAAAAAUUUUCGUUACAAGUAAACACUUCGCUGUUUUCCACUGUAUAGCACAAGUGUCCAUUGCAUGAUUUUCAUCGCGUAAAUAGCAUGAGCUUGUUUUCAAUUUUCCAAGACCACUCGCCAUACAAAUCAAAUCCUGCGGAGCUUUGCGCUUUCGUAAAAUAUCCUUAAAAAUGAUGUUUCCUUGAGCUUCGAACAACUCCUUCGCAUAUUCCUGAGUAAAAAGAGAUGAAUCCCUGCCUUGUGUAAAAUAAUUUCCGUGAUGUUUUCUUAGUAAAUUUUGAGUUCAUCCUGAACAGUUUGCCGUUGAAAAGCGAACUGAACAAACUACAAAAACAACAAACGAUGUUAUUCAAAGCCUAGUGACGUGCGGCAGCUGAUUGGUUAAAUCACCUCGGAUGAUUUUUCACGUGUUGACAUUUUCCCGUCUUUCGUUUUAUUACGUAACAAAUUCCCGCCCGCAAAAAUACACUGUGAUCUGCGAAUUUUGUAAAGGCUGAAUAUAUUUUCAAAAGAAAAGAAAAAUGAUUUGCUAAUUUUGAUUUUGAUUCUACUAUUUUGAAUGCGAAUUUCUUGUACGUGCGCCUUGAUAAAGAUAAUGUUUUUUGUCUCCAAUCCCGCCGAGAGGGGAAAGGUACAGGGGGGUAAAUCUCCCUCCUCCCUAAACUUGGUUUAAAAAUUGGCGACGGGUAACACUCGUUUCUUGAACUUAGUCGUAAAGGACGUUUUCUGACCUUCAGCGCUUCGCUUCUACACCAACAUACCAGACAAAGAACGCGUAACCACCGUGUGUCUAGUGCAGUUCUGGCCCCCCUCUCUGUAUGUCACGCAACGCCGGAGAGAGAGGGUCCUCCGCCACAUCCCUUAUUAUCAUGCAGAAAGCCAUAACAUUACCUUUUCAUCGAUCUCUCCCUACUCGCAACAUUUCAUUUUCUCCCUCCUCCCUUUAUUUUCGCCCCGAGUUCUCCCUCCUCCCUAUUCUGUUUCUCUUGCCUCCGCCAGGAAAAAUUUAUCUCAGCAAAUAACUGUAAAGACGCUUAAAAAUAGUCUGUCAGUUGUUGUUAACACAUUAACGUUGUGCUCGUUUAAUUUUUGACAAGGUGCCGGGUUCGAAUCCGGCUCAGUAGCCUUUCUUUUUUCCUUCUGUCUUCCUCUUUUUUGUUUCGUUUUCGUUUUUGUUUUGUUUGCUUAUUUGUUUGGUUGUUGUUGUUUGUUAAAUAUAUAUCUUCUAGAGCAAAGAUAGUAUAACUAUAUUCAUGGAUAAACAAUCUGAAUUUCUAUCGUUUCCUACAAUUUUCAUUCCUUUUUUAUUGCAGUAUAUUCUAGAAAACUAAAACAGUAGUCACAUGCAGUCGCAAACUGCCUUUUAUUAUAUAGGCCAAGUUUUGACUGUUGAUCUUUUCUUUAGUACCCGAGGCUUGUUUUGAACUUAGUACAUCUUGUCAAAGUUGUUGUCAUAUAAACAGUUGUCUUUCGUUGGUCACUGUAAUCGCAUUGUACUUUAAAUGAAGGUUUUGAAAUGUUUACACUUCGAGACUUUAUUAAAGAGAGAUGGGUAGUUUUAAGUAUUGUUUUGUAUUUUGUUGCAGGAUUUUGAAGGGAACCUCAUACCUGAACAUGAAUGGCCAUCAGAGAACUACUGGAAGAGCGAGUUCCCUCACAUCUUUCCUGAUUCAUCACCUGAAUCUGCGCAUGAACAGGAGCAGGUUAGU